AUGUACACUCAUCCUCGCAUCACCGCACUUGACUCGCGCCGGCUUCCAACUCCUCCCGAGGGCUGGAAGUACACCAAUCUCAUAGACCCGAGCGGUACUACUCCCGACCCUACACACUACCCGGUGUUACUCUUUGGACCUUAUACGUACACCGCUCUUAGCGAUAUCAACAACACCUACAGCAUGUUGAUAGUCGCUUGGGAUAUGCAGAGGAACCUCAUCAAGCAGUGGCUCAAGCCCGGCGCCCGCUACGUCUGGCAGAUCUCAUUCAAUGCUGACACCCAAACGGUCACCUUCACCGGGCAGAGCAAAAGGACGGUUACCGCUACCCUCGACGAGUUGGUUCUCGGACCCACUGUCGUCCACCUCCCAAUCUCUUCCGGGCCUGUCCUCCCCUACAAUCUGUCCUACGCCGGAUCCAGCACUACUCAGUUCCCUGUCAUCAAGAGCGGUCCCUACAGCUUCUGGCCGGUGUCAUAUGCGGACGGACGCAACGCCUUCUGCGUCGUCGUCGUCGACCAAGACAAGGUGAUCCUGAAGCUCGUCAACUGCCCUGGCUCGCACAGCAUCGACAGAGUCGUCAUAAACGACACCGCCCACACCAUCCAGCUCGUCGGCAAAAAUGGCUCUGCGGCCAUGUUCGACUACAACACCGCGCUCGCAUGCUUUCACUGCUCCUACGUCUACACCAAGGACGACUUCCUUUUUCUUGCCGAGUACUUCAAGGUUCCGCUUUCUGAUGCAGAGGCAAACGCCAUGGCGAAGGCCAUGCCGCAGAUCGACUGCUCGUUGUGCUGUCGUAUGGAGGGCACGAGCUUCGCCGACGACUCAGACCACUCCCACCGAGUGAAGCGUGAUACGAGCACGUUUAUCGUCGGCUCUUUGCUCGGCGGUGUCGCCGGGGGAAUCGGAGGAUUCUUCAUUGGGGGACCCAUGGGGGCCUUCAUUGGGCUUACUGCCGGCUACACUGCCGGAGCCGCCAUCGGCUUGGCCGUGCCGUCCAGCAGCGACAAAGGCCAGUACCAGCUCUCGUCUCUGGAACAGCAGUAUUCGCUCGUCGGAUACGCCCGCUUCCCUUGCGGGCCGUUCGACAACACAGGAGUGAGAGAAAACGUCUUCGACGCACCUUUCCUCCGCUACGCUGAGCUGCCCUACUCCGGGGCCAUCACGAGGCUCGGCUCCGCGUCGUCCCCGCAAGCCUACUCCCCCGCCAAGAAGGCGAUCGGGGACUUCCCGCGCGACCCGCGCUACAAGGCGAUGAGACUGCAGGACGGCACCCAAGUGACCAAGUACAUCUUCGUCAUCGUCCAGACGGACGAGACUGUCAACGGCCUCCCCGGCUACCAGAUGCGCAUCAACCCCGAGGACUUCUAUCCAGACACGUGGCCCGCGACCCAGCGCGUGAACCACAGCCAGCUAUCGGAAGGGUACCGCUUCUGGGCCCUGGUCGGCCACCCACACAUGCAGGUGUACGCGGCGGGGAGCCUGUACGUCGAUAUCACGAACAAGAAGCUGCUCGGGAUCGACACGCGCACGGGCCAUUACUUCGGGUCGUUCGAGGGCCAGGAUCAGGCGGUGAACGACGCGACGUUCGGAUUCCUCAAGAGCUUGGGCUACGACACGUCAGUCAUGCAUAACUAUGUGGAUAUUUUAGGAUACUUCGGGGAGAAUCCAAUAGUAGGAUGA